AUGUCGGAGACAGCCAACUUUGUUGCUCCCUUGUCCCAAGGGUUUGGCUAUGGCAUCAUCGUUGGGUUAGGGUUCGCGUUUGCUUUGGUGAUGGUUUUCAUUACCUGGGCCCUUAAAAGAUAUCAGUAUGAAGUCCAAACCUCUGAGAUGUUUUCAACUGCAGGAAGAUCCGUAAAGUCAGGCUUGGUUGCUGCUGCUGUCGUAAGUAGCUGGACUUGGGCUGCCACCCUUCUGCAAUCUUCCGCAGUAGCCUACCAGUACGGAAUUUCGGGGCCAUUCUUCUAUGCAUCAGGUGCCUGCGUGCAGAUUAUUUUAUUCGCAACGCUCGCCAUUGAACUCAAACGGCGAGCCCCUAAUGCACAUACAUUCCUGGAAGUCAUUCGUGCUCGAUAUGGGACUGCUGUCCAUGUGGUCUUCAUUGUUUUUUGCCUGAUGACCAACAUUCUUGUCACUGCAAUGUUGCUCACUGGUGGAUCUGCUGUCUUGACAUCCCUAACUGGAGUUAAUACGGUUGCAGCUUGUUUCCUGCUCCCCAUUGGUGUCGUGCUCUAUACUCUCUUCGGCGGCAUCAAGGCUACUUUUAUCACAGAUUAUAUGCACACUGUGGUUAUCAUCGUCGUUAUUUUUAUCUAUGCAUUCUCCGCUUACGCGACUAAUGAUACUCUUGGAUCUCCGAGUAGAGUUUAUGAUGCUCUAGUUGCGGCGGCUGAUCGUCAUCCUGUGGAGGGUAAUGCUCAGGGCAGUUAUCUCACCAUGCGCUCAAAGGAGGGUGGUAUCUUCUGGGUUAUCAACCUUGUCGGUAACUUUGGGUGUGUAGAUGUCUUGCUGAAGCUUAGUCAAUAUGUGCUAACAGUGUGUUUCAGGACUGUCUUCCUUGACAAUGGGUACUACAACAAAGCUAUUGCUGCGCACCCCGUGCAUGCUUUCCCCGGAUAUGUUAUUGGUGGCCUCUGCUGGUUCGCCAUUCCUUGGCUUUGUGCCAGUACUAUGGGAAUAUCUGCUCUUGCUCUUGAAGGUACUCAGCGCAUGAGUUCGGAGGACGUAACUGCCGGUCUUGUCCUACCUUUCGCUGCUGUCAAGCUUCUGGGAUACAGUGGAGCUGUCUGCACCACACUCAUGAUUUUCAUGGCAGUCACAUCGGCUUUUUCGGCUCAGCUAAUUGCUGUUUCUUCCAUCCUAACUUACGAUAUCUAUCAGGCCUAUAUCAACCCCUCUGCAAAGGGCAAGAGAUUAGUGUGGGUGUCUCACAUGUCCUGUAUUUUCUGGGCUACUGCCAUGGCCGGCUUCGCAACAGGUCUCUACUACGCGGGUAUCGGUAUGGGCUAUCUUUACUUGCUCAUGGGUGUUAUCAUCUCCUCGGCGGUGUUCCCAGGGGCGAUGACCCUCGUCUGGAAGGGACAGAACUGGGUCGCCGCAGCUGCAUCACCUAUCCUGGGACUCGCCGUGUCCCUCAUCGCAUGGCUUGUAACCGCUAAAAAGGAAUCUGGUGUAUUAACCGUCACUACCACCGGCGCAAACUACCCUAUGCUCGCUGGUAACGUCGCCGCCCUCCUCAGCCCCAUUAUAUUCUCCCCAGUCCUUACCUACAUCUUCGGCCCUCAGAACUACGACUACGAAUCUAUGCGCGCCAUCCGCAAAGUUGACGACACAGACGUCGCAGCAGCCGCACACGUCGACAUCGAACUUAUCCCCGGCGAAAACAGUCCCGCUACCAUCAAUGCCGCCAAAGACCAAGAGGAAGAGCGCAAGCUCAACAGGGCCGCGCUCUACUCGCGCACCCUCACCAUCGGCAUGGUCCUGUGCUUCCUGCUCCUGUGGCCGAUCCCCAUGUAUGGCAGCUCAUAUGUGUUCAGCAAGAAGUUCUUCACCGGCUGGGUUGUCGUGGGCAUCAUCUGGCUUUUCUGUACGACUGUUGGGGUGGUGAUUUUCCCACUGUAUGAAGGAAGAGAGAGUAUUAUUCGUACGGCUAGACUUAUGGCUCUUGAUGCGGUUGGUAAGAAGCCGAGAUUUGAGGGACAGGAACAGGCUUCGUCUGGUGCUGCGACGCCAAUGGAAAAAGUGGGUGCUAAGUCAGAUGUGUAG